AUCUAAUUGAUGAUGGAGCAUUGCCCUGAUGAUGCAGUAUGAUAUAACAAAUGCAAGAUGAUGGAGAUUUGGUUGAAUUAUUACAGAGUAAUUUUGUUAUAUCUUAUUGCAUUUACAAUAAACGAAAUAGAUUGAUUUAUUAUACAUACGUUCAGACGUUCGUAACUUUUAUCAUACAUCCAAAAAUAUAGACUGAUAGUUAUGUAUAUAUUGAACGUGUAUAUAACUUUAGGUCGAACACAGAAUGAAUGCACAAGAAUAUUAAUACUAGACAAUAUUUAAAUAUUCAUGAUCUGUAACAUGUAACACACUACAGAUCUUCUUCUGCUUUCACCUCUCUGCAAUAUCUUCCUACCACACUAAAUUCUCAUUCAAGAAUGGCUACAACACAAGCAGAAAUUCAGAGGCCCAUCGCCAAUUUCUCCCCAAGUUUGUGGGGCGAUCAGUUCAUCAAGAAUGAUUCUGGUGCUAAGGCUGCGGAGAAACAUUGCAAGGCAAUUGAAGAGUUGAAGAAGGAAGUUAUGAAUAUGAUAACUGCUGCUGAAAGCAAUCUUGUUGAAGCGAUGAACCUUAUUGACACACUCGAACGCCUUGGCAUUUCUUAUCACUUUGAAAAGGAGAUUGACCAAAAAUUGAACCAUUUUUUUAAUCUAAAUACAGAUUAUUGA